GAGGUAAUCAGUCCCUCGGCCUUGUGUUUGUUUCCACAUCCCAGCUGUUGCGCAUGCGUCUAAAUCUCCAUCAAUUUGAGAUGAAAUUUGAUACUACUACUACUACUACUACUACUACUACUACUACUACUACUACUACUACUAUUACUACUGCUGCUGGACCUACUACUACUACUGCUGGUCCUACUACUACUGGUCCUCCUUCUUAUCCUCCAACUACUCCUACUACUACUACUACUACCACCACCACCACUACUACUACCAGGACUAUAUAAAGCUCCUUCAGCAACUAAAGAGUCAGUCAGUCAUCAGAUCAUCUGGAACGAUGUGUACGACGAUCAACUUGUCAGCCUGUUUGCUGUUCUUAGCGUGGGUCACUCUAGCUGCCUGCAGCCUUGAUCCCCAAGCAUCUAAACCUGUCCUGCUUCAGAGAUUUACUCGUUACUCGCCUAAUUCUAAAUACCUACCGCCAACUACUGAAGAAGAAGGUUCCUCAUCCAGUACUAAAUUCCUGCCACCUUCACCUACAGAAGAAUGUUACUCAUGUGCUCCCAAGUAUCUGCCUAGUACUUCUGAAGAAGCAAGUUAUUCAUUUCCUUCAUUCAUGGAAGGAAAUUACUUUACUGGUACCAAAUAUCUGCCACUUUUCCACAAUGAAGGACGCCUUGAAACUCGUUCUAAAUACUUACCACCUUCACGUAGUGAGAGAAGUUACUCAUCUGGUCCUAAAUACUUACCACCUUCACCUAAUGAAAGAAGUUAUUCAUCUGGGCUUAAAUACUUACCACCGUCACCUAAUGAAAGAAGUUAUUCAUCUGGGCUUAAAUACUUACCACCGUCACCUAAUGAAAGAAGUUACUUUUCUGGUCCUAAAUACUUACCACAUUCGUCUAAUGAAAGAAGUUACUUAUCUGGUCCUAAAUACUUACCCACUUCACGUAUUGAGAGAAGUUACUCAUCUGGUCCUAAAUACCUACCACCUUCAACUAAUGAAAGAAGUUACUCAUCUGGUCCUAAAUACCUACCACCUUCAACUAAUGAAAGAAGUUACUCAUCUGGGCUUAAAUACUUACCACCUUCAACUAAUGAAAGAAGUUACUCAUCUGGGCUUAAAUACUUACCACCUUCAACUAAUGAAAGAAGUUACUCAUCUGGGCUUAAAUACUUACCACCUUCAACUAAUGAAAGAAGUUACUCAUCUGGGCCUAAAUACUUACCACCUUCAACUAAUGAAAGAAGUUACUCAUCUGGGCUUAAAUACUUACCACCUUCAAUUAAUGAAAGAAGUUACUCAUCUGGGCUUAAAUACUUACCACCUUCAACUAAUGAAAGAAGUUACUCAUCUGGGCUUAAGUACUUACCACCUUCACCUAAUGAAAGAAGUUACUCAUCUGGGCUUAAAUACUUACCACCUUCACCUAAUGAAAGAAGUCAUUCAUCAGGGCUUAAAUACUUACCACCUUCACCUAAUGAAAGAAGUUACUCAUCUGGUCCUGAAUAAUUACCACAUUCACUUUAACU